AACCGAACACGAUACCGGCGAUUAUUGGCUCGAAUGUAUGUGGUAGGGUUGCCGAGAGAGCGUAGUUAAGUAGUAGUGGCACUCGGUGCAUGGUACACAUUAUCUAGUACCUAGUGCCACCGACUACUGCCUAUGCUAAGCGCUUGUACGCUUGCACGCGACUAUUUUUGCGUGUAAAAUGUCGUGUGCCGCCCGGAGUUUCGUCGUUAUUGUUCUUAUAACGCUCGUUAAAGCGAGCAUUCAGAAGAGAAAUGGCUGGGUCGAGAAACUCGAUGAGAAUAACUGGGAUCAAAUGCUCGUAGGCGAAUGGAUGGUGGAAUUUUACGCACCAUGGUGUCCGGCAUGCAAGGCUCUUGAUCCAGUAUGGGAAAGUCUUGCUUUUCAGAAAAAACAACUUAAUAUUAAUGUUGGCAAAAUCGAUGUGACCGAUGCUCCUGGACUUAGCGGUCGAUUUAUGGUUACAGCAUUGCCAACAAUAUAUCAUGUAAAAGAUGGAGUUUUUCGUCAAUACAAAAGUCCAAGGGAUAAAAGUUCGCUUGUUGAAUUUGUCUCGGAAAAGACAUGGUUAAAAGUAGAUCCUAUCCCAAGUUGGAAAAGCCCGACUUCAAUACAAAUGACUAUCAUUAGUCAAUUUUUCAGAAUGUCUCAAGUAUUAAGGGGUAUUCAUAAUAAAUUAAUGGAAGAAUUUGGAUUACCAACUUGGGGAAGUUAUCUUAUUUUUGCUAUUGCAACAAUAGUAUUAGGAGCUGUAUUAGGUCUGUUAAUUGUAUGCGUUAUUGACUUCAUCUAUCCACCAAAACAACCAUCCUACCGAAUGAAGAAAAAGCCGAAGGGCGAUAGUGGUGGUUUUAUGACCGAAAAAAUCUCAGGCGAUGACGAAUUAGUGAACGAUGUUAAGGAUGAUCUUGUUGAUGAAGAAGGAAGUGAAUUGGAAGAAAAAUCAGAAAAUGAUAAGACAGAUAAGGAGAAUCAAUCCCUGCCUAAUAGUCCUAAUAUUCGUAAGCGUAGAUCGCGAAAAGCAGAUUAGUCAAAUUAUUAACUACUUCAAUUACGCCUAAACAUCAUCAACGUGCGUGGAAUUUAUUUGUAUUUUGUAUUUUUCCUCAUAAUUUAAUGGAA